CUCCCUUCCGCUCUUGGCUCUUUCUCUUUCGACAAGAUGGCCACACCGACUUCGCCAGCGAGUGCUUCUCCCGCCUCUCCAGCCCCAGCACCGGCUGCGGCGCCGGCUCCAGCCUCAGCCCCAACUCCGGCUCCGGCCCCGUCCCCGACUCCAGCUACUGCUCCUGCCCCUGCGUCAUCCUCAGACCCGGCGGCAGCAGCGGCAACGACCGCGGCCUCAGCGCAGAGCCCGGCCUCAGUGCAAGCCCCAGCGCAGACCUCGGCGCCGCCGCCGCCUGGUCCGGCUCUCCCAGGGCCCUUCCCCGGCGGCCGCGUGGUCCGGCUGCACCCGGUGAUUUUAGCUUCUAUCGUGGACAGCUAUGAGCGACGUAAUGAGGGCGCUGCCCGCGUUAUCGGGACCCUGCUGGGAACUGUUGACAAGCACUCAGUGGAAGUUACCAAUUGCUUCUCAGUGCCUCACAAUGAGUCUGAAGAUGAGGUGGCUGUUGACAUGGAAUUUGCCAAGAACAUGUAUGAAUUGCACAAGAAAGUUUCUCCAAAUGAGCUCAUCCUGGGCUGGUAUGCUACAGGCCAUGACAUCACAGAGCACUCUGUGCUGAUCCAUGAGUACUACAGCCGAGAGGCCCCCAACCCUAUUCACCUCACUGUGGACACAAGCCUCCAAAAUGGCCGCAUGAGCAUCAAGGCCUAUGUCAGCACUUUAAUGGGUGUCCCUGGGAGGACCAUGGGGGUGAUGUUCACACCUCUGACAGUGAAAUAUGCCUAUUAUGACACCGAACGCAUUGGAGUUGACCUGAUUAUGAAGACCUGUUUCAGCCCCAACCGGGUUAUCGGACUGUCAAGUGACUUGCAGCAGGUCGGAGGGGCGUCAGCUCGCAUCCAGGAUGCCCUAAGCACAGUAUUGCAGUAUGCAGAGGAUGUACUGUCUGGAAAGGUGUCAGCUGACAAUACUGUGGGCCGCUUCUUGAUGAGCCUGGUUAACCAAGUACCCAAAAUCGUUCCUGAUGACUUCGAGACCAUGCUCAACAGCAACAUCAAUGAUCUGCUAAUGGUGACCUACCUGGCCAAUCUUACACAGUCACAGAUUGCCCUCAAUGAGAAACUUGUAAACCUGUGAAUGGGCCCCAAGCAGCACUCCUGCCAGUCUGGGCCCCAACCCUGGGACUCAGAAUGGAGUCAAGUCUUUGUGGUCUUGAGUCACACUGAAUCAGGCAACUGAUCUGUGACUCUAAAUAAACAUAGCCUACCUUUUGUAAAU